UCCUCUCUAAGCGUACUGUCAAUAUAAACAAACGAUCGAAUCUCUACUUUACCUUGACUUACAUUAAAUCAGUUUGUUGUGAUCUUUUGUCGCGUGAACGUCAUAGAUGUUUCAAGGAUCGUCUAAACUUGUAACAAUGGCGGAAAAGACUCUGAAGAAAAAUUUCGAUACACUUGAUUUAUUAACUAAAAUAAAAAAUGAUAGAAAGAAUAUUGCAAAUUCUGUGACAACCUUUCAAUUUAAUACAAAAAGAGUUAAACAGUUAACAAAUUUAAAUGAUAUAAAGAAGGAUUGCAAGGGUAUUUUGUAUUGGAUGUUUCGUGAUGCUAGAGUUCAGGAUAAUUGGGCAUUUCUAUUCGCACAAAAAACAGCUAUUAAGAAUAAAGUACCCCUUCAUGUUUGUUUCUGCAUAUUACCAAAAUUUCUUAAUGCGACAAUGAGACAUUAUAAAUUUCUUUUAAUUGGUUUAAGGGAAAUAGAAAAAGAAUGUAUCGAUUUGAAUAUAAAUUUUCAUCUGUUAAACGGUGAACCAAAUUUGAUAAUACCAGAUUUUGUCAAAAAUUAUAAAAUUGGUGCAGUAAUUACAGAUUUUCUUCCCUUAAGAUUACCCUUGUUUUGGAUCGAUGAAGUAAAGAAAAAAUUACCCAAUGAAGUUUCCAUAUAUCAAGUAGAUGCUCAUAAUAUUGUGCCAUGUUGGAUUGCAUCCGAUAAAUUAGAGUAUUCUGCAAGAACAAUCCGCCCUAAAAUACAUUCUAAGUUAAAAGAAUAUCUAACAGGUUUUCCACCUGUUAUAAAACAUAAAUAUUCUUCUACAGAAUCAUUUGAAAAAAAUAAGUGGGAUAAUGCGUUAAAAAAUGUUGAAGCAGAUACGUCGGUAGAAGAAAUUACAUGCGUAAAGUCAGGAUAUUUGGGUGGUAUUUUAGAAUUGGAGGACUUUUUAAAGAAUCGUUUAAAAGUGUAUCAUUCCAAACGUAACGAUCCAAUAUCUAAUGUUGUUAGUAAUUUAUCUCCAUGGUUUCAUUUUGGUAUGAUAUCAGUACAGCGUUGUGUCUUAGAAGUGAUGGAAUAUAAAAGGACUAUGGAAAAGUCUAUGGAAUGUUUUAUAGAAGAAGCUGUUGUACGUCGUGAAUUAAGUGAUAAUUUUUGUUAUUACAAUGAAAAUUAUGAUAGUAUAAAAGGUGCCUAUAAUUGGGCAAUAGAAACUUUAAAUGUACAUAGACAUGAUAAACGUCUGCAUACAUAUAAUUUGAACGAAUUGGAAAAUUCAUUGACAUACGAUGAUUUAUGGAAUGCAUGCCAAAAUCAAUUAAUCCAUAAAGGUAAAAUGCAUGGAUUUUUAAGGAUGUAUUGGGCUAAAAAAAUAUUAGAAUGGAGUCCUACGCCAGAAAACGCCCUAGAAUGGUCACUAUAUCUAAAUGAUAAAUAUAGUUUAGAUGGAAAUGAUCCUAAUGGUUAUGUUGGUUGCAUGUGGUCAAUCUGUGGUAUUCAUGAUCGGGGUUUCAAAGAACGUGAGAUAUUUGGAAAAAUAAGAUAUAUGAAUUAUGAAGGAUGUCGUAGAAAAUUUGAUGUGAAAGCGUUCGUUUCCAAAUGGUCUGAACAAAAUCCAAACAAAAAACAAAAAUUAUCCAAAUAAAUCCACUUACGACCAUUAAUUACUAAAUUAAGAUUUUUUUCUUUAUAUUUGUUUAUCGUUUGAUAAAUAAUUUUUUUUUUUUUUUUUUUUUAUUAUCUAUGUACAUUAUCAUUAUUUUUAUUAAGAUCAUCAGAGAAAGAUAAUUACAAUACGAAUGGAUAAAAAGGAGAAAAGAAACAAGAGAAGGAUUUCACAAGUUGUUACAAUGGGAGAAAAAAAAUCUGCGUGCCUUUAUGCAUAUAACCCUGAAAUUCUAAACCGCGUAUAAUAUAACAAAAAAAAAAAAAAAAAAAAAAAAAAAAAAAAUAAGCGAGUUUCCCACACUGUCAAGCAAGGACGUUCGGUAUUU